AUGUCGAGGCUGUAUGGGACAUUCAUGAUGCCACUUUUGGAAUACUGCAUGAAAUUCUGGUCUCCCUGUGAUAGGAAUGACAUGGUGAAAUUGGAAAUGAUUCAGAAAAACUUUCAGAAAACAAGGACAAAUCCUGAAGCAACACAGCUCAGAGACACAGGAGUCAGUCAUUGCAUGUCAAUGGAAGAAGAAAGGAGGAGAGGAACAAUGUGCUAUGUGUUUAUCACUCUGCUGACUGCCCUCUGUUUCGGUUACCGGGGCACGGCUCUUGAGGUCAAUGUCCCAAAACGAGACAUUGGUCGGGAAAUCCAAAUGGACAUGGGUCUCAAUUCGGCCGCUUACCUCUUCACCCAAAGCAGCCAGGCUGAUGACUUGGCCAGAGCCCAGCUGGAGAAGGACAGAAGAGCCAAUCAAGUCUUUGAUAAUGCUUGGAGGAAAGCGAACAGUUGUAUGGCCCACAGUGUCAUACCAAGAGGGUUGACAAAGGAUCACAUUCAUGCAGUUUACACUUACACAGCCAGUUACAUCGAAGACGGCCAGUUCUACAAGGUAUUCAAUGAGGCGGUCCGAGAGUAUGGAGCCAAUGACACUGUCUAUGCCCGGGAUUUCAAGUUCAAGAGUUUCCAUUAUUUGUUGACAGUGGCCUUGGAACAACUGAGAAAGGACAGGCCUCACCCGAGGGGACUGACUUACAGAGGGGUCAGGUUAUCAACGAAUGCCCCGCAGGCAUCACAUGUCAGAUUUGGAUUCUUUGUUUCUUCGUCACUGAGUCAAAGAAUUGCCCUCAAUUUCACAAAUCUGUCCUCAAAUCACAACACCUGGUUUCAAAUCGACUCCAAGUAUGGGGUCCCAAUCAUGGACUACUCCUGCUUCCCUGAGGAGAUGGAGGUUUUGAUCCCCCCCUACGAGGUGUUCCGGGUGAAUUCGGUGACUCCCUGGAACUCUGGCACCAACAUCACCCUCACAGGGGAGGGUAAGCUCGGGGUCGCUGUGCAGGUGAAAAGGGGCAAAAAUGGCAGCCUGGUGGUGGUACGGUGCCAGGGGACGGCCAACUCACUCUCGGUCGGUUUGUGGAUCCUACUGCUCCUGGUUCUCAUGUCGGUGUAGACCUAUCCCGGGAGCACCCGCAUUUGGACCCUCAGGAAAAUAAAUCUCAUUAAUAGUAUCAAGCAAGGGGGUGGCCAUUCAGUCCAUCCAGUCUGCUUAGCCAUUCAAGUGGUGUUAAGGGAAUCACCAAUCCCACAACUGCACUCACCUGUACCAUUGUAUUCAUUUCAGCCAUCUGUCUAUUCCUGCAAUAAAGGACAGAGCCCACACAAGGACAUCAUCAUUUUUGACAGGGAAGCACAAUACCAUCCAAGAGGCUAAGGAUCUACAUCGAAUAGAAAUCUUCCAAAAGAAACAAGCAAAGUCUUGAUCUCAACCCUCACUAAUGUACUCCCCCCAGCAAGGCUUGAUGGAAAUAACUCAAGGUUCCAAGGCAUGAAAGAGACGCUGGAUAUUGUUAGUUAGCGGUAGCAAAGAGCGAUGGCCCAAACAGUCUCAUUCUGUCAGUUUUCAAUCUGUUAUUGCAACUCCACUAACACCACUCGAUGGAGCUUGUCAGCGAACAGCCAUCACCUGAAUCUGCAAUGGGAUAGGCAGCAUCAAACGUUAUCUGAAUCUGGACUCAAACUGGUUCUGAAUUAAAGCUACUCUUGAACUCACUGUCUGCGAUUGACAAUGCCGUCCAGACAAAGUGAUGUUGAAUUGAAGUUUCUCAAAGAGUAGAUGCCUCUUUCUCUCUGCAGAACAUUUUGGAGACCAGGGCCCUGUGACCAGGAGGAGGUUUGUUCUCCAGCAGUCACUCCUUCGGGCAGUUUCAGCAGCAG